AUGGGAAAGGAGUUGUUGAACAGUAGCAACUUUUGCCAGCAGCUAGGCGCAACGCUGGUGCGCAAUUUUAAGUUGAAAAUCCGCGAUUCUCGCAAAACGAUCGCGGAAGUGUUCCUGCCCUUGUACACCCUCGGUACGCUGAUCGUCCUGAAGAUACUCAUUCCGAACCCGAACUUCCCGGCCAUCACGGAACCGCGCGGUGCAGCUACUCUGUUCGAGCACUUUCAGCAUCACAAGGCGCACACUAUCGCCGUGCUGCCGCAGCCCAACUCCUCCACGACGGUGCCCUUCUUGAACGAGGUGAACGAACUAUGGAUGUCGAACCGACGCCACCAGCCGGGCGUGCACCCGAUCAAGUGGAUCGUGUACGACACGCCGGAGGAGCUGCUGGCGGCGUACUGGCGCGAUCCGAGCAAGAUGCCGCUGGCGCUGAUAUUCCACUCCGACGAUCCGCUGUUCGGUCCGCUGCGCUACGAGAUCCGCACCAACCCAUCGUUCUUCGUGACGCCCUCGACGACGGAGCUGUACGCGUCGCUGGUGACCUGCCGGCAGUCAGACAGCUACUGGUCAGCGGUGAUCCCCAUCGAGACGGGUGACUCCUGCCCGGUGAAUCAGUACUAUUACUCCGGCUUUGUCGCGCUACAGACCCUGCUCGAUUACACCAAGAUCCGGCUCGUGACGCAGAACGAGGAGCUGCAGAUACCGCACAUCACGCUGGAGAUGUUCCCCAAGGCGGCCUACACCGGCAAUUGGAUGGUCGCCUUCCGACUGGUCAUUCCCAUCUACAUGGUGAUGGCCCUCUCUCAAUUCAUUACAUAUCUGCUAAUACUGAUCGUGGGCGAGAAGGAAAACCACAUCAAGGAAGGGUUGAAGAUAAUGGGCUUACGUGAUUCCGUCUUUUGGUGUGGCUGGUUCCUCAUCUAUGCCGUGUUUGUGACAUUCUUGAGCUUUGUGUCGGUUAUAUUGGUGUUUUCGCUGGGGGUCUUUCAACACACCAACUACCUGCCGGUGUUUAUACUGAUCCUCCUGUACAGCUUCUCGGUCAUCCUGAUCGGUUUCAUGAUAACUCCAUUCUUCGAUAACUCACGGACUGCCGGAAUUCUUGGAAACUUUGCGGUCAACAUUAUGUCGCUGCUGUACUUUCUGCAAGUGUUCAUCGAUGAUACGCAUACCUCGGCCGCCCUGUGGACGGUUUCGCUCAUUUCACCGACUGGGUUUGCGCUGGCGAUGGACAAAAUCCUCGUUCUGGACAUCUCCGGGCAGGGGGUCACGCUUGACAACCUCUGGACCGGACCAGGCAUCCCGAUCGGAGGCUCCAUCUUGAUGCUUGUCGUCGACAUCGUGCUGUACGCGGCGCUGGCUUUUUACUUCGACUGCGUGAUCCCAUCGGACCACGGUACCAAGCAACGCCCGUGUUUCUGCCUCAACCGCAACUAUUGGUGUAAGAAAAAAGUGCCAAAGGUGCCCUUGCUGAACGGCGAGUCGGCCAACUCGUUUAACAAUGCGCUCGAGGAUCAGGCGCGCGAUGUCGAGCCGGUUUCGCGGGAAAUGCGCGGCAAGGAAGCGAUCCGUAUCGUGGACCUGUACAAGACGUUUCACUCGUGCCGCAAGCCGGCAGUCAACGCGGUCAACGGUAUCAAUCUGACCAUCUACGAGGGCCAGAUCACGGCCAUCCUGGGGCAUAAUGGGGCGGGCAAGAGCACACUGUUCAACAUACUGACCGGACUAACCUCGCCCACGUCCGGCACGAUCUACAUCUUUGGGUACGAUGUGCGUGAUCCGAACGAUAUGACCAUGAUUCGUCGAAUGACCGGCGUCUGCCCACAGCACGACAUCCUCUUCGAAACGCUAACGCCCAAGGAGCACCUGUACUUCUUUGCAGCCGUGCGUGGCAUCCCACCGUCGCUGGUGGACAGCGAGGUGAAGAAGACGCUGCGAGACAUCGACCUCUUCGAUACGGCGGAGACGAGGGUCAAACAUCUGAGUGGAGGGCAGAAGCGGAAGCUAUCGGUUGGCAUCGCUAUCAUCGGCGACCCGAAGAUCAUCAUCCUGGACGAGCCAACAGCGGGCGUUGAUCCGUACUCGCGCCGUCAUAUGUGGUCCAUCCUGCAGAACCGAAAGCACGGCAAGGUGAUCCUUCUGACGACGCAUUUCAUGGACGAGGCGGAUAUCUUGGCUGAGCGCAAGGCCGUUGUUUCCCGCGGUCGGCUCCGCUGCUGCGGAUCGUCGCUGUUCCUAAAGAACAAGUUCGGCAUCGGCUACCAUCUGACGCUCGUGUUGGACACCAACUCGUGCGAAACGUCCAUAACGAAGCUGGUAAACGAGCACGUCCCGCAGGCAGAGAAGGCCCGUCGUCACGGACGAGAGCUGAGCUACAUCCUUCCGCACGAUGCCGUGAACUCGUUCGUGUCACUAUUCGAUGACAUCGAGAAGGAAAUUCGCACCAAGCGGCUCAUGCUCGGCAUCUGCUCGUACGGCGUAUCGAUGACGACGCUGGAGGAGGUUUUCCUCCAUCUGGAGACACAGCGUGAAGGAGAACAGAAGACCGAAGGUGGCGAGGGUGAGGAAGAGGAUGGCGAAGGAGAUGAUGACGAGGAGGACGGACAGGCGGCAGGCUACCCGGUGACGGAUAGCAUCAGCCGAAAGGUAAUGAAAAACCGUGCCCUCCCGAGGAGCCUCUCGCUGCAGGAGCGUAGCAACAGUUAUCAGUCGCUGAAGAACGACACUAAAAACCUGCUGGACGAGCAGAACACCGACAAUAAGGCCUCACUGCAAGAUCAUCGGAUGGAGUUCGAGACGAUCAUACCGAUCAAUGGGCUCGGGUCAGACGGUGUCAGCCAGGGAACGGCCGGGUCGGGCAUUCACCCGGCGUCGAUGGGAGGUGUUGGAGGCAAUUCAGCGGUCAACUCACCGCAGCGCAUCCACCGCAAGAAGCACCACCGAGCGUCACGCAACGGAGUCAGCAAGAGCACCAAAAGUGUGUACGAGGAGCAGGGGCAAACGCAGGGUUCGACCUCGGCGGUGAAGCUCAACAGCCAGAACCGCACCAACUGGAUGGACCUGGACGAUAUACAGCUUCAUCCGUCGCGCUGGAGCACGAUCGGGGCUCUGUUGAAGUUGCGCCUGACGAUUCUCUUUCGUGAUAUCCAACGGUUGUACCUUCUGAUAAUACUGCCGCUAGCAUUCACCGCUCUCGGACUCUACCUAAAUUCGAUACAGGUGCUCUCACCGAUCAUGCGCUCUAUUCUGCUAGACAACACGACGUACGGGAGUAAUAUCACCAAAAUAGCCGUGCACGACAAUACCAACCCAAUGGCGUGGUCUCACGCUCCCUACGUCUAUCAUCAUCACCAUCAGCAGCAGCAGCAGCAGACACAUGCCGGACAGCAGACACAUCCCGGACAGCAGAAACGGGAAUCGCAAAAGCAGCACUACGACCCAAGCCCUCAAUUCCUCCACCAAAAGCAUCAUCAGCAACAGCAGCAAUCGAAGGAGGCAUCACAUCUCUACCAUCGUUUCCUUUCCGAGCUGCGCCAGUCGGCCAACGUGACCGAGGAGUACAAUGGGAACUUUUCUUUGCUGCUCGACAUCGCUCCACACAUGGCGGCGUUCAAUGUGAACAUCAUCUCCUGGUCGAACGUGUCCAUCACGACGCUGUACAACGAUACCGCUCAGCACAGUCUGCCGAUCAUCCUGAACCUGAUCAGCAACACGCUGCUCCGUGUGUACGCCGAGCUGUCACCGGCGACGCCCAACUCGCAGAGCCUCUACCAAAGGCCACCACCCAGACGUAGGAGCAUUCAGUCGCCGACAUCCAUGCUGUUCGACUACCAGGACGACGGUAGGGAGGUGGACGGAUCGGAUGAUAUUGCGUUCCAACCGCUACCAUCGAGCACCAGCACCAGUGCGACGUCUUCAUCGUCCGCGUCCUCAUCAUCAUCGUCAGCUUCCGCCGGAGUUGCGGGUGAAUCGGUGCUACGCAUCGAACUGUGGUCACAUCCGUUCCAGCAGACGGCCCAGCCGCAGGAGUUUAACAUUGGCACGUUUUCAUCGGCCCUGUUCGUGGGGAUGAUAUUUGUGCUGAUUCCGGUGUCGUUGGCCGUCGACAUGGUGUACGAUCGCGAGAUGAAGGCAAAGAAUCAGCUGCGAGUUAACGGGCUUUCCUCGUCGCUCUAUCUGUCGGCGUACUUUAUCGUGCUUUCCGGGCUAAUGCUGGUCAUUUGUGCGGCUCUGCUUGGGCUGGUGUUUUUGUUCGACAUUCCGUCAUUCCGGCAGCCACCUGCUCUCAUCACCCUAGGAAUGUUGGUAUUUCUAUACUCCCCGGCAGGAAUACUUUGUUCGACGUGUUUCUCGUACUUUUUCGACCGCACUGACUCAGCGCAAUCAAUUUUACCAAACAUUCUUACCUUCGUUGGAUUAAUUCCCUUCAUACUGGUUGUAUUUUUGGAUAUGCUUGGCAUCGAGGUUAAGGCGGCGAUCGCACUACAUUACGUGUUCUCCUUGAUCAAUCCAAUGUACAUUCCGUACGCAACGGUCUAUUUUGUCGAUCGUGUGUAUAUUGCGUGCCGUCUCAGCUCUGCCUGUGCUGAGCUCUCGAUGGCCCACUACAUGACCGAGGAGGUGAUCGUGAUGGCCUGCGGUUGCCUGCUGCACAUUCCCAUCUGGGCGUUCUGUUUGCGUGUUUCGGACGUGAUGAAGAGUGGCGGCCGCAUGAGGGAUCUGUUUCAUCGAUCGGCGAGCGAGGAAGACGUUAUGACCGAGGAGCAGUGUACCGGCGAGUAUGAAGACGAGGAUGUCCGCAACGAGCGUAGCAGAGUAUUCCGUCUCACGGGAAACUCCCAGCAACAGCACGACGAUGGCCCGCAAGUGCAGCCCGUUGUUCUAGUGAAGAGUCUUCGCAAGGAGUUCUCCCAGGAAUCGCUCUGCGGGAACUGUUGCUGCUGUGCGGAUGAUGAACCACCAAGAAAGAAGAUUUCAGUGCGAAGUCUUUCCAUCGCAGUCGAUGCCGGUGAGGUGCUGGGACUGCUCGGGCACAACGGUGCCGGUAAAACGACCACCAUGAAGAUCAUGACGGGCGAGACGGCUCCAACGCGAGGUACUGUCCGAGUGGCGGGGCACAGUAUCACCAUCAACCAGGACGAUGCCUUCAAAACGCUCGGCUACUGUCCGCAGCAUGACGCUCUGUGGAAGAACGUCACGGUACGGGAGCAUCUGGAGCUGUACGCGCGGAUUCGCGGCGUCCGCGGGAAGGACCUGAAUCGUCUGAUCGCGACGUAUCUGACGGGACUGCACAUUAACGAGCAUGCGAACAAGCAGACUCAGCACUGUUCGGGGGGCACACGGCGAAAGUUGAGCUACGCCAUGGCGAUGGUCGGAGCGCCCAAGGUGGUGCUGCUAGACGAACCGUCUACGGGAAUGGAUCCAAAGUCGAAACGGUUCCUUUGGGAUACGAUUCUUGCCAGCUUCCACGGUAAACGAUGCGCGAUGCUGACGACCCAUUCGAUGGAGGAAGCCGAUGCUCUCUGCUCGCGCGUAGGCAUCAUGGUGAAAGGGGAACUAAGAUGCCUUGGAUCGACGCAGCACUUGAAGAACCUAUACGGAGCCGGGUACACGCUCGAGAUCAAACUGAAGCAUGUCGAAAAUGUGUAUAGUGAGACGCCGAUCGAAAGCCAACCCAGCAGCAGUCAGGAGCAGCUACAGCUCGACCAAAGCACGGACCAUAUCGCACCGGUUAUAAGCAACUGCAUCGACAACCGGUCGAUGGCGUUGCGCAACUUUGUCACGGACCUGUUCCCGAGUGCCACCUUGGAAGAGAGCUUCGCCGAUCGGCUGGUGUAUUCAGUGCCUCAGCAGGCGGUCAGUUCCUUAGCGGAGUGUUUUUCGCGGCUUGAGAAAGCCAAAGUCGAACUAGACAUCGAGGAGUACUCGUUCAGCCAAACCACACUGGAACAGGUGUUCCUGAAGUUCGCCCACUACGAUGAGGAAACAUCCAGCGUGCAGUAGUGAACCUGUAGUUAUCCAUUUUCUUGCGAAUCAUCGAACGCCGUUUUCGAUCGUCCAUUACGCCAACAUUGCAAUGCGAUCUAUCUUAUUCUAGUCUUUGAUCAGUGUCUGACGUGUACGUGAGCUGUGCACAUUAUGAUGAUGCGUGCGAGCAUGUGAAUGUAUGAUAAGUGUGUGAAUGUAUGAAUGAUAGUGUUUCGUGUUCGAUCCAAUCAGAAGGAUCGAUAUAAAAUAUGAAGCACAGCGGGUCAAUUUCACCCUGCGCUGCAAUACUUUUAUGUUGUUCAUCUAAGCAACCAUGGAAGGCGAGACUGCAACAAACCAGUUUUACAAGCAUUCCAUGUGAAAGUGUAUUUAUAAAUUAUGAAUGAACAUAAUUGUUUCAUAAAACCAAACCAAAAGAAAAAAAAAACUUUGCAAAAGUGAAUUCGCGACGCAAGGAUAUCAACCACAAACUAACGAAUAGAUAAAUGGUUGCAAAAAUAAAAAAAUAAACUAGGAUGUGAUGAACGAAAUUUGGAUAGCCAUUAGUAACGUGGAGCGUAUUAUAUGCAUCUCAUUAGACCUAGACAGAAAAAAAUAAAUCAGAAAAGUUAGUAACAUACUACAUAGACAAAGGAAAUCAUGACAAAGGUUAGUAAAAUAUUACAAUAAACAAAAAUCUCAUGAUAAACAAAUGUAAACGAAUGCCACUGUCUCUUGGAAGCAGUAGAUGCGUCUUCUCCGUAUGCAAAUUUUUGCUGAGAAAUCAUUAAAACGUAAUUGAAAUAAAAUAAAAUUAGUCAAAACCCUAAGCGACAAACAAGCAAGCAAAUAAGCAUGCCAAUGCAGGCAAGUGAAUUAUACAAUAAGACUACUAAGCUGAACUUAGACUUAAGCAUUUACGAAAGGAUGGGGAAGUACCGGGGGGAGAUAGAUUCGAAGGAGGUAAGACAAAGAUAGAGUGAGUACGAGAUGGAACGUUUGUCGAAUGAACUAUGUUAAGUAAGUUAGAUAAGAAAUUGAUAGAAGGUGAACAUAUUCAUAGAGAGGCUAUAGAGUUUUGGACAAACGUGCAGUAACUGAUUGUUUUUGGAAACAAACAAUUUAAAACAACAGACACAACUCAAUUGUGUUGCUUAAACCAUCUGGUACGAAAAGUAAGAUAAAAUAAUGAAAUUGAGCACAUUAUCAAUGCGCGGUUAUCAACAUCAGUAACCACCUUUUGCAGAAAAGAGCACCAACGAAGCAGGAAUCCACUUCAAAAGUUUGAUUUGUAAACUGUGAUUCAAAUGGAAAUGUGAAUAAAUGCAGGGGUUGAGUAAACAAAAAACUACAGCCAGAUAAAUUAGAACAAUCCAUGCAAUCCUUGCCACAAAUGCCGGCUGUAAAUUGAGCAAAAGAUGCAAAUAAUGCGAAAGAAACAAUUUUCGGAAAGUAUCCAGUCCUCAGCAUCAGCAGUACAUGUAGCAGGAUCUUCGUAUUUAUGUAAGGGAAGAAAGGGAAUGAAAGUAGCUUGAUGACGAGUGAGAGCCGCGAUUUCAAGGGUUAGAACAGAUGAAACCAAAGGAAGCAUUUACUUGAAGGCAAUGCCCACUGACGGCCGUUAACUAAAGGAAUUAAGACAAUUUAAAAUAA